AUGGCCGAACAAGUCAAACACGCCGAGCCGGCAGCAGUGGCCACCGCCAGCGCCACCAAGAAGCGCCGGCGCCCGCCCCUGUCCUGCGAGCAGUGCCGCCGGCGCAAGAUCAAGUGCGACCGCGCGUUUCCGUGCGGUCACUGCGUCAGAGCCGGCCCCGGCCCCGGCGGCGCCGUGACGUGCACGUACGCGCCGACGCACACCCCGAAACCUUCCCGACGCAAGGCGGCGCCUGCUUCCCGUCGUCCGGAAGCAGCAGCAGCAGCAGCGGCAGCACCGUUGUCGUCCUCGUCCUCGUCGUCGUCACAGUCGCAGUCAUCGCCAGACGACACCGGGGGGUCGAUGGUGUCGCUCCGGCCGCCGACGGCGCGCGCGGUCAGCAUCCGGCCGACGGCGCGCGCGACGCAGAUUUCGACGCCCGACUCGGAAGAGUUUCAUCGCGCCAGUGCCUGGCAGCCCCUCCGCCCGUCAGAGGCCGCUCGGCGCUCGGCGCCACCGCAGGUGGGCUGGUCGGCGGCCGUCGACGGCGGACGCGAGCAGCAGGGCAGAGAGCCGCAGUCGCCGCCGCGGCAGCAGCAGCAGCAGCGAGCCGCCCUGGUGGGCAAACGAGCCGAGGCCCCGCCGGCUUCGCGUGGCGAGGCUCGACGAGAGGGCGACGAUGCGUCGCGCGAGCGACACCGGAGCGAGUUCACGCCUCCGCCCAAGGGGAGCAUAUCCAAGGGACGGUACUUUGGCCAGAGUCACUGGAUGAAUAUUGCGGCGUCGUUCCCCGUCCAGCUGUCCAUGCUCAAGAACCAAGAGCACACGCAGGGCGAGCUGUUCCAGCUCCUGCACCAGUGCAAGGUCCUCUGCCAGCAGAUCAAGAACAGCCGGGUGGCGCCGCUGUCGUCGCUCAACAUUGGCAAGACGAUGCUCCCGCGCGACGUCUGCGACGACCUGGUCGAGGCGUACCUCGCGACGUACGAGGGCGUGUACCGCGUGCUGCACGUGCCGACGUUUCGGCGCGAGUAUGCCGCGUACUGGGCGGAUCCGGCAGCAGCGGCGGCGGCGGACGAGGCCUUUGUGGUGCUGCUGCAGCUGUGUCUCGUGCUGGGCUCGACGGUGCGCGCGCAGCGGCCGGCGGCGCUCAAGGCGACGGCGGUCCGCUGGAUCUACGAGGCGCACACGUGGCUCAUCCUGCCGCCGGAAAAGGGCCGCAUGACGCUGACGGGCAUCCAGAUCCAGUGCCUGCUGACACUCGCCAAGAUGACGUGCGGCGUCUCGGCCGACCUCACCUGGGUCAUGGCCGGCGGCCUGCUGCGCACCGCCAUGUACAUGGGCCUGCACCGCGACCCGAGCCGCCUCGCCGACAUGACCGUGUUCCGCGCCGAGAUGCGCCGCCGCCUGUGGGCCACCAUCCUCGAGCUCAACCUGCUCUACGCCUUUGAGGCCGGCGGCAUGCCGCUGCUGACCUGCGACGACUACGACGUGCUGCCGCCGGCGGACCUCGACGACGACGCGCUCGACGACGUCGCCAUCGACGACGUCGGCCGCCGUGUCAUGGCAAGCAACGUCGCGACGCACAUGUCGGUGCCGCUCGAGGUCUUUCGCUCGUUCCCCGUGCGCCUCGCGCUGCUGCAGUACAUCAACGACUUCCGCGCCGGCAUCGACUACGACAAGACGCUGCGGCUCAAUGCCGAGCUGACAAAGGCCUGCCGUGCCUUCUCGCGGACCGUGGCCACGCUCGGCGACGCGACGGCGGCGGGCCGGAGGAUCCGGCCCUUUCACAUCUCGCUCGCCGAGGUGACGCUCUACCGGUGCUUCCACGCGCUGCACUUUCCGGUGCUGUUUACGGCGUUUGACGACCCGCGGUUCUACUUUUCGCGCAAGAUGUGUCUCGACGGGGCGCUCAAGAUUGCCGACCUCGUGCACUUUUCCUCCUCUCCGCCACCACCAGCGACGACGACCGACUUUGCGCACCUGGCGAUCCACGGCACGGGCAUGUUCAAGAACAUCCCCGUGCAGGCGGCGUGCAUCAUCGCGCUCGAGCUCAUCCACGACAAGAGCGGCGGCGGGCGGUCCGGCGGGCUCGGGCACGCCGGCGGCGAGGACCUGCGCGCGUGUCUGGGCCGCGCGCUCGACUGGACGCUCGACCGCAUGCGCGCCGGCGAGGUCACGGCCAAGGGCCACUGCUUCCUGUCGGCGUGCAUCGCCCACACGGACGCGCUCGACCAGGGGCUCGACAAGACGGCGACGAUGGCGCUGCUGGAGGAGCCGCCGCCGCCGCCGGGUGCUGAGGACCCGGUGGCGGCGGCGGGAUGGGACGGAGGCAACUGGGCGUGGGAUGAGAAUGACGACUGGAUGUGGGGAGGCGCCUGGUCGCAGCUCAAUGUGCCCAUGCCGUUGGAUGAUGUGCACCAGUUCUUUGCGGCGCCGGUCGGCUACAUGCGGCAGCAGUAG